AUGAUGGAUUUUGACGAAAGGGUCCCCGUCGGAUCGAACAUGUAUUUGCCCAGUUGCACUUAUUACGUCUCGGCGGGGGCUGAUUUCUCCGGUCUUCCCUCUUUUUUAUCCCAGACCCCGUCCACCCGCCCCAUGACAUAUUCCUACUCCUCUAACCUGCCGCAGGUCCAACCCGUCAGAGAGGUGACGUUCAGGGACUAUGCAGCCAUUGACGCGUCCGGUAAAUGGCCACACCGGGGGAACUUGCCCCAGUGCUACCCCACAAGCGCGGAGGACAUGGUGCACCGGGACUGUCUGUCGGCGCAAACCGCCGUCGUAGGGGACAUGUUCGGUAAAAACAGCCCCGCAGCAGCCGCCGCCGCGUACCACCACCACCACCACCACCACCACCAUACCAGCGCUGGCUCUGCUGCCUCCAAUUUCUACGGGAACGUGGGUAGAAAUGGCGUGUUGCCACAAGCUUUCGACCAGUUUUACGAGACAGCGUAUGGGAACGCGUCGGAGAGCUCCUCCAUGAAUGGCUACUCAGGGGACAAAUCGGCGACCAAGCAGCCUAGCUCUGCGCCGGAGGACGCACCGUCGUGCCGGGACACUGAAGCAAAGGAGCCGCGGGUGACGAGCAGCCCGGAGUUAUCUUCCGGCAACAAUGAGGAGAAAUCCAGCAGCAGCAAUGGACAGAGAACUCGCAAGAAAAGGUGCCCUUAUUCCAAAUAUCAGAUCAGAGAACUUGAACGAGAAUUCUUUUUCAGUGUGUACAUUAACAAGGAGAAACGCCUGCAACUGUCUCGGAUGCUGAACCUCACCGACCGACAAGUGAAGAUUUGGUUUCAGAACCGUCGCAUGAAAGAGAAGAAACUGAACAGAGAUAGAUUACAGUAUUAUACGUCUAAUCCUCUGCUUUAG